CCGCCGCACUCGUGCUACACCGGCCUCCGCGGCAGUGCAACACCGAAGGCCGUCACCGUUCGACGUCUGUCCGCGCAGCCGUUUGCCGUACGCCACAGUCGUCUCGCCGCGACCGUCUUGAUAAUAUUAUUAUCGUCGUAUACGCUCCAGUGUGCCUGUGCGCCCGUCAGUAAUAAAUUCGUUUCGGAUUUUGUACUUCACAUUAUUUUUGCAAACAUUGUUAACGAAAAAAAAAUUUUUUUUGUCACAAUAAAUUAUUUCGUACGGUGUUUCAUACUCGCCUAGUGUAACACGCCGGAUCCGCCAAUCGAGUGUGUAUGUACAGUGCGAACCAUGAUCAUGAGUAACGAAAACCAAUACCUGAGACCGGAUUAUUUAACUCCUCUGCCGUCGUUGGACGCUAAAAACAGUCCACUGGCAUUGUUGGCACAGACGUGCAGUCAGAUCGGAUCUGACGCGCCGGCGCCGCAGAACGGCAAGUCAAACUCAGACAAGAUUGGCAACCACCAUAAGAAGACGUCGUCGUCACUCUCUUCGUCCUCGUCGACGUCUUCUGACCACGGAGGCGGCGGCGGUGGUGGCCGAGACAAACGUUCGCCAUCGUUAUCGUCGUCAUCGUCGUCGUGUUCAAACAGCGGUUCACCGCCCGGCCGGACGUCGGUCGUCCACCAUCACCUGCAGCCAGCCCCGAUUACCACAGUCACCACCACGGCCCGGUCCAGUUUCAAACCAUACGAAUCGUGUGUGUUGCGACCGGCCGCUGAAGUGGCUGCGGCCGCAGCCGCAGCAGCUGCUGCCACUGCUAAUCCCACGUCAAUCAGCCUGGACGCGACCAUAAGGAGAGCAACGCCCGCGGCCACAAAUGGCGGUGGUGACCGGUGCAGCAGCAAAGAGAGCGCUUCGAGUCGUAAGUCGCCGGCGGAAGAUGCGGCCACCGCGAGCAGAAAGCACAGUGAACAAUCGCACAGCAAGCUCACGUCGUCAUCGGCCGCUUCAGUGGCCGCUCUGAUGGCAGCCGCUGGUUACCCGUCACCGCACCACCAUCCGCAGUUGUCGGCGCACCCUCAUCACCAUCACCACAUGGCGGCAUUGGGUGGAUCGCCCCUAAUGAGUCCCUACUUCAGACCUGGCGCCGGGGCGCCACCGCUACCGUGCCGCGACCCAUAUUGCGCGGGAUGUCAGCUUGCCGCUCACUUGGCUGCCGGCAAACAACAACAGCCGGCGGUCACGUGCCCGGCCGGUUGCACGCAAUGCGACGCUAGCCCGAAAACGGUGGCAGCAGCGGCCGCUGCCGCAGCCGCCGCCCACCAUCAUCACCAACAGUCCGCGGCGGCACACCACCAACACCAACAGCAACAGCAACAGCAGCACCAGCAGCAGCAACAGCACCACCAUCACCACACGAUGGCCGCGGCGUACGCACACGCCCAGCUGGCCGCACUGGCCGCGGCCGCCAGCCAAUUGCCGUACGUGUGUUCAUGGAUGGGCGCCGACCUGCCGUCGUACUGCGGCAAGCGGUUCGGCACGUCCGACGAGCUGCUCCAACACCUGCGCACGCACACCUCCGACCCGGCGGCCGCGUUGCCGCUGUUGCAACGCUCGUAUCCGACGCCACCGCUCAGCCCGUCCGCCGCGGCCGCCGUCAGCCGGUAUCACCCGUACGCGUCCGGCAAACACCACUCGCCGUACGGUUUCCCGUCCGGUUACCCGUCCUCGCCACUGGCCAUGCCGCCGCACCCGGGCCUGCUGCCGCCGUACUUCCCCGCAGUGGCCUACUCACCGUACGCCGCCGCCGCAGCCGCUGCUGCCGCCCCGCGACUGGGCACGUCGCCGCACACAUAACACUGCAGCCGAAAAUUUUAACGAUUUGUUAAUUGUAUUAUUAUUAUUAUUAUCAUGAUCGUCGUACCGCCGUUAGUCGCGAGUGUUUUAGCCGAUUAGCGAAAUUUGUUUUUAAUUUUAUUUACGUUUACCUAUUAUAUUAUAUAAUGAUAUUAAUACAUUAUACAUAAUAUUAUUGUUGUUAAGACAACAAUAACUCAGUAUAAUAUACCUACACCAGCUAUAAAUAAACUGCAGUUGCUCCUUUUCUAUAUUAUACGAUGUAGGUACACGUUAAUUUUUAUUUCAUUUGAACAACAAAACAAUUUACUAAAAUUUGAUAAUUUACCCGCUUUUUAUCUUAAUUGGUAAUAAUAUGUUAAGUUAUUACGAAUAGGUACCUAUAUAUUUUUUAUUUUGUUAUUGAUUACGUUACCUUGUUUUUUUUUUUUUGUUAUUCGGUUUUAUUAUUUCAUAAUAUUAUUAUUAUUAUUAAUGUCAGAAUUAAAAAAUAUAUAUAUUCGAAUCGUACAUAAUAUUUUAAUAUAAAGUAUGUAGUAAUAACAUAAAUUAUAUAUUAUGAAUUUAUUGUAAAAAAUUUUAACUAUGUAACUGUGUAUUAUAUAUAUUUCUAAUAUAUACAU